AUGACACCCCCGCCCACAAUUGCUGCGCCUGUCUCACCCCCACAGGAAACGCCCAGUCGCAUCAAAAUCAAAGGGCCAAGGGCUCGAACUGCCUCGGAGGCUGCUGCUGGCGAGAAGGCGACUGCCGCCGCCGACAUUGAAAAGGCCCCAUCAUCAGUGCUGCGGCCUGCAGCCGCCAUGGAUGUUGAAGAGAAACCAGAGACAAAACGCCCCAAGCCAAGGAAAGUCAAAACCGGGGACAGAAGUCAUCAGCAAAAGGCUACCGUGACCUCUGUUGCUGCCGCUGCCACUGCUGCCGCUGCCGACCUCAGGUUUGGGCCUCCUAAGAAACAGCAGAAACCUGACACUGAGGCUGCAACGGGUGCGCGAACAGAGAUGGAUCAGCAGCCAAAGCAGAAGAAGCAGAAGAAGAUGAAGCAGGAGGAUAUGCAAGGCCCAUCCAUGGGGGUCGAUGAGGGCACCAGCAAGAAGACCGCAGUGAAGGCGCCUGCAGGGGAAGCACGCAUGGACAUGGUGGAUGAGGAUGGACAAAUGCAAGCCAAAGGGAAGAGUAUUGAGGUGGGCAGUCAGGAGGCUGUAGGGGAUCGAGCAAAGGAUGUGCCUGUGCCUUCUGGAGGAAGAGGAAAGGACCCAAAUGCCUACAUCCUGCACCCACCCCAGCGGCCGCCCAGCAUUUCGGAUAUGGACGAGGAUGAGGACAACGAAGAUGAUGGCAGUGAAGGCAAUGCAAAGGAGCAAGGGAAGAAGUCAACAGGGGUUGGGGACGGCAAGGAAAUGAAAGCCAAGGCUAAGAGGAGGCGCAGCAACGAUCCGGAGGCAUCGUACAUGGAUUCGGACAGCGACGUGGAGAAGCCGAAGAAGAAAAAGACCAAGACCCAAAUGAAGUCAAAGGCAAUGAUUGAUGAUUCAGACGCCGAAGCAGAGACCUCAACCCGUUUCAAGUACACCGCCCCAGGUGAAGAUUCGGACGACACCUGCUCCUCAGUUGAGGAGCAGGACUACAAGAACGACUCCGAUGCCCCCUGCUUCGACGACAAACCUUUCCACAACCGCGAGCAAUACCCCAUUCGGAUUGGGCGAUACCAGUGCGACCAGUGCAAGAAUGGUCGAGGACGAUGGUGCUACUGGUUCAAGCUGCCUCCCAAUCACCGGCGGGCCAAGGAGGUCUGCCGUGCCUGCGCUCGCCUCUGGAACAAGUGCUCGGCGAGGGAUACUUGCAGGGCUGACAGUGACAAGGCCUUCACUGCCAGAGAUCGAACAGCCAAGCUGUUGGACCAGGCGAAGGAACGGAAGAAGCUCAUGAAGAAUAGGCCAAAGCAGGCUCGCAUCUCAGAGGUGAAAGGGAGGGAGAUGUUCAGUGUGUGA